AGUUCAUGUCAAUGUUUUUUUCUCUCUCUCUCUUCUUCUUCUUCUUUCCUUAGUAGUGUUAAUACCGAGUCAUUUGUUUCAAAGUUAGAAGAGUAGCAUGAUAAUUUCCAAGGUAAUGGCACAGUUAUUUACUGGACUUGUCUUCCUCUCAGUUUUCUUCCGUUACUGUUACUCCAUAGCAGCCGACACUUUGAGCCCUAAUCAGCCUCUCCAUGAUGGCCAAACCUUAGUCUCAGCCAAAGAAACCUUUGCCUUAGGCUUCUUCAGCCCUGGCGAAUCAAAGAACAGAUACGUUGGGAUUUGGUACCACAAACUACCAGGAGGCCAGGCAACAACAGUAGUAUGGGUUGCCAACCGCCGAAGUCCAUUAUCAGGCACCAACGGAAGCUUGGAACUGAAUGGCAACGGAAGCCUUACCAUCAACUCCAUGAUGUUCUUGCCCAUGCCCACAGUAGCCCUCACCAAUCCAGUGGCACAGCUCUUAGAUGAUGGCAACUUUGUUAUCAGAGAAGCCAACAGCAACGAGUUCGCUUGGCAGAGCUUUGACUACCCGACGGACACCAUUCUCUCGGGCAUGAAGCUCGGGUGGGACUUGAGAACUGGUCUUAACCGCAAUCUCACCGCCUGGCGGAGCUACGACGAUCCAGCUCCAGGGACCUACGUCCUAUCCAUGGACCUCCAAGGGAUUCCUCAAUUCAAUUUAUGGUCUGGUUCAACUAAAAAGUGGCGCUCUGGGCCAUGGACUGGUAUUAAGUUCAGCAACCUAGAAGAACAGCCGCGCACCUAUGGCCUCUCUUUUGGUUUUGUUAACAACAACGACGAGGUUUACUACAUGUAUAACACAACGGGUACACAGAUUGUGAGUCGGGCUCUAGUGGACCAAUCUGGAAUGACAUCAAAUUUUGUGUGGAUUGAGAGCACUGGCAUGUGGAAUCUCUUCAUGAACUACCCCAUGAACGAGUGCCAACAGUACUCAAGAUGCGGGACUUACAGCGUGUGCGACAUCGAUGUCUGGCCCAUAUGCAGCUGCUUGCAAGGGUUCAAGCCAAAGUCGCCGCAAGAGUGGCCUUUCAUGGAUGUCUCAGCCGGUUGCGAACGCCUAACAGAGCUGGACUGCAAGAACAGGUCCGACGGGUUCAUGGUUGUCACCCUUGCGGCGUUGCCAGAAACCUCAAACGCCAUCCUAUACACAAACAUUAGCCUGGAUGAAUGCGGCGCAAGGUGUUUGAAGAAAUGCUCAUGCACAGCCUAUGCCACAGCCAACAUCAAUGGUGCAGGCUUUGGAUGCGUUAUUUGGGUGAUGGAGCUCAUCGACCUGAGAAUGUCCUCUCAUCCUACACAGGAUGUCUUUGUCCGGCUUGCCGCUGAUGAUAUAGCAUCAAUCUCAAACAACUAUAGUAAGAAAAAUCAAUCCAAAUCAAUGGUUUGGAUCAUAGUUUUCUCAAUGGUGGCAUUGAUAAUUCCAUUAAUAUACUUCUGUUCAUGGAGAAAGAAGAAGAUGAUACAAAAAGACAUAAGAGCAAAUGGUGAAUUUGAACUAGCACAAUUUCAAUGGAGUACCCUACUAGCAGCUACACACAACUUUGCUACGACAAACAUUCUCGGAAAAGGUGGUUUUGGUCUUGUCUAUAAGGGGAAGCUGUCUGAGGGACACGAAAUUGCAAUUAAGAGACUCUCAAGGAGCUCAACACAAGGCAUUGAUGAGUUUGAAAAUGAAGUUACUUUUAUUGCAAAGCUUCAACACCGUAACCUUGUGAGACUUUUAGGAUACUGCAUUAAAGGAGAUGAAAAGAUUCUUGUCUACGAGUAUAUGCCCAAUGGAAGCUUGGAUGGAUUUCUAUUUGGCAAAGAAGAAGGAGAUCAUUUGGACUGGCAAACACGCUUCCACAUCAUUGAAGACUUUGGUUUAGCCAGAAAUUUUGGAGAUUGUGAUACAAUGAUCAAGACAAAAAGAGUAGUUGGCACAUAUGGAUAUAUGGCCCCCGAAUAUGCAUUGGAUGGAAUUUUCUCAACGAAGUCAGAUGUCUUUAGCUUUGGGGUGUUAAUCUUGGAAGUCAUAAGUGGCCAAAGAAAUAGGAUUUUACUCUCAAAUCCACACCUUUACCUUCUUGGGAAAGCUUGGAGAUUAUGGAAUGAAGGGAAGGUUUUGGAUUUAUUAGAUCCAUUAAUCGGCAACUCAUUUUCAAUGACUCAAGUUAUGAGAUGUAUAAAUAUAGGUCUCUUGUGUGUUCAAGAAAAACCGGAGGAUAGACCAUCCAUGGCAUCAGUAGUUGUCAUGUUAAGCAAUGAUGAUACCCCAUUUCCAGAGCCUAAAGAACCGGGUUUUAAAGCUAUUUUUUCCACUAAGCAUGAUGCAGUUUCAAAUCAGAAUGACUUGCAUACUUAUAAUGAUAUCACACUCACAGAGCAAAUAGGUAGAUAGCAUCAUUAAAAAUCGAAAUACCCAACUUUAUUGUAUUGAUUUAAUUGUGUAUACAAUAUUAACCUUAUGAUGUCUUGUACUCUUGGAAAUUUCUUUCAUUUGCCAUAUGAAAAUAUGUG